GACGUGAAACCUCAGUUUACGAAUCUCAUCAACACGACCAUCGGCAGCCAGGACGUCGAAAUGCUUCUGGAGAACUCGCUGGAUGAUUCGUCGCUCGCUUCGCCGGCCACGCCUCUUUCUAUUGGUGGCAACAGCAACCCAUACAACCCCACCAUGACCGCCACGCCCAGCCAAGAGCGAUCCAACACAUCCGCUACCCCGGCCAGCAGUAAGAAGAAAAAGGAAUCCAAACAGAAGAUUGUCACCGGGUACAUUCUAUACUCUAGCGAAGUCCGCAAGGCAAUUGUGGCGAACAAUCCCGACUGUACUUUCGGCGAAAUAUCCCGGAUCGUGGGCAACGAAUGGCGUUCUCUGCCCACUUCGACCAAGCAGAGUUGGGAAGAGCGCGCGACGCGUUGCAACGAAGAGACGGCCGCUAGGCUCGCCGAGGAGAUGCGAGAGUUGUCACAACAUACCCCAAUGGAGAACACAUUCGAGUGCGCGUGGGACAACUGCGACUACCAGUUCGAGGAGCUGGCGGACUGUAUGGAACACUGCAUCGGGGAUGGUGGAAACAUGAUUGGGACAUUUGUUGAAACAAAGAAGAGUAAGUUGGAACCGGGCCACGUGCAGCAGUACUACCGCGGCGCGUUCACGGAGUACCCCUGCCUCUGGCGGAACUGCACGCGCGUGCGCAAGGGACAAGCGCCCUUCCCCAACCUGCCGAGGUUGCUACGUCACGUGAGAGACCUACACGUCAAUAAGGGCAACGGAAAGAUGAUGGCCGUUCAUGAGAGGUCCAGGAAUUUCGUGCCGUCAACAAAGAAACCACCGAAGACUUACACUGGCACUACCCGUAGCGGUGUUUUAUCGCCAGGAGCGUCACUGUCAGGCAUGUCGCCUGUAGCCCGCAACACGCCGUCGCCCGGCGCGGGCGCAGGCGGCGCGGACGUGGCUGGAGCGCUGGUGGCGGGCGCCCGCGCGGGCUUGGAGCCGCUGUUCGUGGCCGCGCCGCCGCGAGCGCAGCGGGUCACGCACUCCGAGGCGUAUAUCAGGUACAUCGAAGGCCUGCACUCGGAGCAAAAGUACAUCACUCCAUGGGAGAAAUCUCUCACUCCGAUGCCUGUGAACCCCGACCCAGGUCAUUACAACAUGCACAAGCUGACUGCCGCCCACUGGAUGACAGAUGACGCCGUCAACGGCUAUCUAGCUCAAGACAAGAGUUUGGCAGAAACUGACAUCCAAAAGAUGGAUCAGAACUCAAAACUUCUGAAGGGAUUGUGCGCAUUGAGAGAUUUCAUGAUGCGUGACGCACUAUCUAUUUACAAGAGCACUUGAUGACGCAAGAAGUAAUGACGCACUGAAUAUGGUGUGAAGUGUUGACAAUCAUGUUAAUACGAUUCAGCAUGGACUGAAAUUUAAGUUUAAGUAUAGAUAUUUAGAUUUUUCUAAGCUAUAACGCAAUCAUGUUU